AUUCUCAGCUCCCUGUUUCGUCCUACGUCAAUCCGACCUAAUCCCAAGGAAUGCGGACCGCAGCAAGAUGCUCUUAAUCGUGCAGCGGAAACCGGACAGCUGGCAAUUGUCAGGAAGCUUCUUGAGAAAUACAAUGUCGAUCCUGCGCAUGCACAAGAUUCAAGCGGUAACAUAGCAUUUUCAAAUGCAGCAAGAUGUGGGCGCGUCGAUGUGGUAAAGUUUCUCUUGAGAUUUCGCAGAGUCGACCCCGAUACACAGGUUUCCGGCAUGGGCUUCCAUCGGUGUGCUAUGAGUCAAACGCCUGUUUCACUUGCGGCGGAAAGGGGAUAUCUGGAUGUGGUCAAGGUUCUCCUUGAGUCUGGCAAGGUCCGUAUAGACUUACGAGAUGAUCAUGGCCAUACACCCCUUUCACAUGCGGCAGGACGUGGACAUCUGGAUGUGGUCAAGGUUCUCCUUGAGUCUGGCAAGGUCCGUAUAGACUCACGAGAUAAUUAUGGCCGUAUACCCCUUUCAUAUGCGGCAGGACGUGGACAUCUAGAUGUGGUCAGGGUUCCCCUUGAGUCUGGCAAGGUCUGUCCAGAUUCACGGGACAUUCAUGACCGCAUGCCUCUCUCACACGCUGCUGAGGCCGGACACUUGGACGUUGCAAAGAAAUUUCUGAAAAUCGACGGAAUCGACAUCAACUCUAAAGAUACCGAUGAAAAAACGCCGCUCGGAUAUGCCGCACUUCAUGGGCAUUAUGCACUAGUCAAGAAGUUUCUGGAUACUGGCAAUGCGGACGAGGAGUCUAAGAACCAGUCCCUUACCCUUGCGGUAGAGAAGAGCCAUAAAGAUAUUGUCGGCUUGCUCUUGAGGUCCGACAGCCUUGAAGCCAAAUUGGGCGAUGAAAGGUAAAUGGCACUGAUUUCAUUGGCAGUAGAGACUAAUUGCCUUUCAGUCUUUCGUUUUCUGUAUGAAAGGUGGAAAAUAGAUCUUGGUCUGACUAAGAAACGAAGGAUACUCAACGGAAGCCUGGUCGCCCAAGCCAUUACAUAUCACAAUUAUGCGGCU